AUGUAUUUCGGAUUAUUUAAAAAAACCUUUAAUUUCAAUCAAAAUAACUUAUUUAGAGUAUUGCUAUGUUUUUUAACUAUAUGUAAUUUAUUAAAAACCUCUGCUAAUGAAGGUGUCCCUUCUACUCCUGAUAUGGAAAAUUUAGUUCAAUUUGGAUUCCCUCAAUGGAAUUUUGCGAAAGCUUUAGGCCAUGAUACCUGCGCAGCAGACCAUGCAAUACUUGGUGACGGUACGCAACAUCCACCUGCAAAAAGAAAGACUUGGCCCAUUCCUGGUGAAGGAGGAUGUGGCGACAUAACUUAUGAAAAUUUAGCUACUUAUUAUAUUAAAAAAUGGUGUGGUGAUCAUUUUAGAGUUUUAUAUACGCUCUAUUUUCCUAAAGAUGGAUUUAAGGAUAUAUUAUUCGUAGAUCUAGGGCAUGAUCAUGAUUUUGAAAGCAUAAUCAUGACUUGGAAAAACAUAUCCGGAUUUUGGUAUCGCGACGAAUUAAUAAUGAGUAGACAUCAUGAUUGGAGGCACGAACCAUGGGAUAAUGUUAGAAGUUUUGACUACAAUGGUAUUCAAGAAGGGAUAGGAUUAGAACAUCCAAAAAUAUUUGUGGGAUGGGUAUCACAUGCAAUGUUUAAUGAUAAAAAUAUUGGUCCUUUGGAUCCCAUUUCUCAAUACACUGAUAAUGAAUAUAGAUAUGAUGAUCAUCAAUUAUGGGCCAACUAUUCCAAUUCUCUAAUAGAAGUUACUGAUGAUAAUUAUUAUGGUCAAAAAUUUAAAGAAUUCAAUUGGGGCGACAAGGCAACAGCUCCUAUUUACACUGCUGAAGAUUUAUGCAAUAAAUAA